AUGGAAACUUGGCCACACUGAGCACACGAACGUCUACGAAGCUGUCUUUUUUUAAUGGCUGGCAAUUUUUGUACUGAAGAAUUCGACUUCGAUUCGCUCGGAAGAUAAUACAAUUUUUCAUCAAAAAUACAUAUAAAAGAUUAAAAAAUUGCAAAAUAAUUAAAUUAACCUGUAAGGGCGUAGUUAGCGCGACGGAUAGUGGCGGCCCAGCAAUUUAUUUCGCGUAAAGUACACUGGAAGCGUACUUGUUUGUUGGUCAUCUGCUGGUUGUAGCAUAUUAUGGAAGAAACAUGUCCCGAGUCUACUAAUUCAAUUAAAUUGGGCAUCGCUCAGCCACCAACAACAGCAACCAAAACGAUUCUUUCCGUCGCAAAGCAACAAUCGCCUUUACAAUCGGAUUCGUUAUCGUUGAACGAACAACCUUCAACUUCUAGCGGCUUGAACACGGCCUCAAUGUCGCUGUUGCAGGAGGGAUUCGUUGACUCGCAACACGAUUUUGCCGAAGUUUUGGAUGAUGAGACGACCACUUCCGGUGUGCUGGAAACAUUUGAAAUAAGUUCAUCAAACUCACUACCGCCGAGUUGUUCAGAUGUGCACAGAGAGGUUGUUGUGGAUGAUAGUUCUUCAACGGAUACCAUAAAAUUGGUUGAAGUAUCUAACAGUACCUCUUGCAAUAACAAGUUUUUUAAUGUUUCUGAGGUGUAUGUAAUCAACGAUGAUGAUGACGACGAUGAUGUGCCCGAAGUGGAAGAAGGGGAAGUGGAAGAUGAAGAUUUGGCGUCAGUAAAUGAGACAGCUAUGCAUCCACAUAGUGUCCAAGAUAGCGAUAAUCAGCAUCAACUUAGCCGAUUCUCGAGCAAUAGUACGAACAGUCAAUUGGGCAGUGUUAUUGUAACUAAUGGAGGCGCGACAAUUUACCUUGAAACGCCGGUAGUCGAAGAACAGCAUCAACAUCAUCUUCAACUCAGUGAAGGGGGCGAAAACGGCGAGUUCGGAGAAAAAGCUGGGAAACCAAAACGUUUAAGCGAUGAAUUUAUGCUAACCGAUGAGGCCGAACCGUUUGGUAAAGUAAGUGAAAACAAGUCCCGAAACACAGAUGGUGAAACUAGUGCGACAACCACGUUUGAAGGAGUAGGCAGCAAUGAAUUAUUACCGGAUCGCGUGUCAUUUCGAUUGAAAGAAAUGAAUAUUAAUAACUCAGCGGGUACAAAGAUAUGCAAAAAUAAUCCUUGCAAUAAUUCUGAUAACUCCGCUGAUAGGCCUUCCAGUUCCAAAAGCAAUGAGAAUGAAGUCGUCUUAUUGCCAGCGCCCAGUAUGGCAGAUAUCGAAUCUAUGGAUUUAAUAGAACGCCGUGAUUUUGAGACAGAGCAAAGGCUAACAGAUGGUCUUAUAUUAAAAGGUAGCUCUUUAAUAAAUAAUAAUAUGAUUAACCUGAGGCUGAUUAAUGCGUCGUGGAACACAGAAACACAUCGGGGAAAGUUGGAGCUGGAAGAUGAUUGUCCCAGCAGCAGCAGCAAUAUAAAUAAUAGUAGUCAUAGCAAUUUUGUUGGGCGCGCCGUUUCUUCAGACAGCAAGUGUGCUUACAAGGAUCUUGCGUCAACGCCAACGAGUAGCCGCAACUACAACAGUCGUUUAACCAAAUCAACUGCCAAACUUAAUUUGUGCUCUACUCUAAGUCAUCCUCAACAUCGGCAAGUGCAACCGCUUCAGGAUCGGGCCAUAAGUGCCAACAAUUCCACAAAAAUAUAUAUAAAAUCACAGCAGCCAGGCAAUAGUAACAAUAAGAGUCUGAUUUCAUUAUCCUCAUCAUCCCAUACAUGUACUUCAAUCUCGUCUGCAUCUACUUCUGUAUCUUCGUCAUCCGCAUCUUCAGCAUCAUCAUCAACUUCAUCAGUAAUUGUGGAGGCACGCAACGCAACAUCAGUUUCAUCAUCGUCGUUGCCAGGUACCCCUGCAUGCACCAUCGGUGGUAGUGGCGUCGGUGGUGGUGGCGCAGCCGCGGAGAUAUACUCCAACUCUAAUUCAAAUGACAGUCUUAUGAGUAGCGCAUCUACAACUACCAAUUGCCGCCAUCGGCAGCAGCAACAACCGCCAAACGGAUUGGUUGAUAGGUCAGAGGUUGGUGGCUGUAGCCGCACCAGCUCAAUACACGCUGCUGUGGCAGAGGCUGAAAACAAUGCAGUAGCUGCAGCGGCUGCCAGCUCUAGAUCAGCGCCCGCUUCCGUUUUUGACGACGCCCAACCUUCAACUUCAUCCGCACGUUGCCAAUAUGCUCCGUCCGUGAAGAGUUUGCGUCAAGUGCAUGCCAGCGCACAAACCCAUGAGCGGUAUAUCGGUCGUGGUGGAAUAGCAACUGUGGGAAUUAGUGGCCCAGCUGUAUCCGGUAGCGGCAUCAAUUUCCAGCUGGCAUCUAGCAGAAGCCGGCGUCGUGCCGACUUGGCCGCUCAGCUGAAUCGCAACAAUACCUCUGAAGAAGUAAUCACUGCAGCUUUUAAGGUGAUGGCUGAAGCGGCGGCAGCAGCCGCGGUGGCAGAUUACAAUGACGAAUCUUCAUGGGCCGACUGUGACGAAAAUACUUCUGAUGAGGAGAUUUGUACAUGUCAUCACAGCAGCAGCAGUAGUGCAAGUAAUAGUAGUCAUGGCGGUAGCAAUACCAGUCUAAACGAAACGGACACUGAUGCAGCGGAAAUUUCUUUUGGUGGUGGCACUGUCAGCUGCGCUGCCAAGGAUGGCGAUUUGUCAAAUUACAUACAAAUGGUUUCGAUAUCGGAGGAGGUGGGCGGCAAUGGUACCGCUAACUCCACCACGGAGAACACGCCCAAUUGUGCAUACUUUAAUGCCCAACAACGUAAGCGGAAAUACAAUGAUAACCGUCUAUUAGGCGCCGAUUCUGGUGCUGCUGUUUCCAGCAAUGGCAGCGGUUCAAACAUGGAUGAUGUCAAUUGCAGGAAACGUAUAGCAUAUGAUUUUACCUCAACGACACGCCACAAUAGUGCUUUAGUAGCUUUGCCCUCCACACCAACAACACAAAUCGCGCAGCUGACCACCAUCAGUAAUUCUUCAAUGGGUCGUCGUACACCGCGUUCCAUCAUACCGACACGAGAGAAUCCACCACCCGAAUUGCAGCAUUGGCUGUCACAAUUCCAACGCUGGACACAUGUUGAACGACUCAUGGCGAUCGAUCGGCUGAUUGAGCAUUGCGAACCGACACAAGUCCGUCAUAUGAUGAAGGUGAUUGAGCCACAAUUCCAGCGCGAUUUUAUUUCGUUGUUGCCGCGGGAGCUGGCAUUGCAAGUGCUCGCCUAUUUGGAGCCAAAAGAUUUAUUGCGCGCUGCGCAGACUUGCCGCAGUUGGCGCUUUUUGUGUGACGAUAAUUUGCUUUGGAAGGAAAAAUGCCGAAAAGCACAAAUACUCACCGAACCGCGCACGGAUCGACCGAAACGAGGUCGCGCUGGCAAUAUGCCGCCAAUUGCGUCACCAUGGAAAGCUGCUUACAUGAGACAGCAUAUCAUUGAAAUGAAUUGGCGAUCGCGGCCAAUACGCGAACCUAAGGUAUUGAAAGGGCACGAUGAUCACGUGAUUACAUGCUUACAAUUCUCGGGUAAUCGGAUAGUGUCAGGCUCAGAUGACAAUACUUUAAAAGUUUGGUCGGCUGUCACGGGAAGGUGUUUGCGUACGUUAGUUGGUCACACUGGAGGUGUGUGGUCAUCUCAGAUGUCGGGCAAUAUUAUAAUCUCAGGUAGUACCGAUCGUACACUGAAAGUCUGGGACAUGGAUACUGGUCAGUGCUUGCACACAUUGUUGGGGCAUACCUCUACUGUUCGAUGUAUGCAUUUGCACGGCAAUAAGGUCGUUAGUGGAUCUCGCGAUGCCACGCUUCGCGUAUGGGAUAUAGAACAAGGUUCAUGCUUGCAUGUGUUAGUUGGCCAUUUGGCAGCAGUACGUUGUGUGCAAUAUGACGGCAAAUUGAUUGUUUCGGGAGCUUAUGAUUAUAUGGUGAAAAUCUGGCAUCCCGAGCGCCAGGAAUGCCUACACACAUUAUCAGGACAUACAAAUCGUGUUUAUUCGUUGCAGUUCGAUGGUAUGCAUGUUGUAUCUGGAUCUCUAGAUACCUCCAUACGCGUGUGGGACGUUGAGACAGGAAAUUGUAAACAUACACUCAUGGGACAUCAAAGUCUUACUUCCGGAAUGGAAUUGCGGCAAAAUAUUUUAGUCUCAGGCAAUGCCGAUUCAACGGUCAAAGUGUGGGAUAUAACAACAGGCCAAUGCUUACAAACUUUGUCAGGUCCCAAUAAGCAUCAAUCGGCAGUAACUUGUUUGCAAUUCAAUUCGCGCUUUGUGGUAACGAGCUCAGAUGAUGGAACAGUGAAAUUAUGGGAUGUAAAAACCGGUGAAUUCAUACGUAAUUUGGUCGCAUUGGAUUCAGGCGGCUCAGGGGGCGUUGUCUGGCGUAUAAGGGCAAAUGAUACCAAGUUAAUAUGCGCCGUGGGUUCGCGUAACGGCACGGAGGAAACCAAACUAAUGGUUUUGGAUUUUGAUGUAGAAGGAGCUUGUGUGAAAUGUUCAUAGAAGAUGCGACUGCAGUCAUUAGAAGCAAAUAAAAAUCAAUAUUAUUAAACACACAUUACACCGAAAGAGGAAAUAUUCAUAGCAUAGGUAGUAUUUGUAUGUAUAGCGAACAGCGCUCCUCACAACAAAAUCUCCACAAAGAAAAACACGGGGAAAUUAAAGAAAUUAUCUCUUACAAUAUAAACUUUAUCAUGUCAUGCACACCUCGGAUUAUUCGAUCCGAGAGAUGGGGUUAUCUAAAAUGUAUGAAGAAAUGCAGCCUAAGUUUUGUGUAGAGAUAAUGAUAAAGACUUGCUAGGCUAAGGAAAAAAAUAUAUUUUGCCGUUUAAAAAUGCAUUUAGAAAUGCUGCAAUUGCGAAUAUAUAUUAUAUGGCACAGACAUUUCCGUCACAUUAAAGUAUGAAUAUUGAGCUUAUUGGAUGAUAAUUAUACGAAAGGCCAAAUACAUUACAUACGUACGCAUAACCGGCUAAUAAUAUUAUUUGAGAUUCCUUUUUCAGUAAUGAAAUGUUAAAAAUCAAUAUAAAAUUUUGAUUAAUUUAUAAAAUAUGAUACUAUUUCAAGUAUAGCAGCUUACUCGUAUACAUACAUAUAAGUAUAUAAAGAGCGGAUAAAAAUUCAUUAAUACCUACCUAUGUAUUUCGUCCAAUGCGACACUUCAAUUAAUGUCAGCUCGACGGAAAUUUAUUGUUCCGCCUGUGCAUGCUAUGCUCGUUAUUUAGACCAGCAAGUAAAGAAAUUGGUAAUGGUUAACGUACCGCAAAAUUUGCGAGAAACCAGUUGAGGAGAAAAUUUUAGAAAUUACAACAUUUAAUUUUGGUAUAAGUAUGCAAUGCGUUUUAUAUUUUCGCACAUAGUAAUUCAUAAGCACUCGUAAAGGUUACGUACCUUUUUUGUCUUACUAGUACAACUAAUUUGUAUUUUUUAAUGUUUAUUUCAAUUAGUUAUAGCUAUUGAGUUUGUAUUUAACACUUUUUAAACGAAUUCGUUUACCAAUGCAGAUAUAUAACGCGCAAGUGGGAGGGUAAUCUUAUAAAGUGUGUAUAGAUUACUUUUAAUGAGAGCUUUAUAAACUUUAAAUCACGUAUACGUAGCGAUACUGUUUGCAAUUACAUAUAUACAUUUAAUAAAUAUUUUAAUUUCGUUUGUUUUAUCGCGUCAGCUCUAAAUUAUUGUAACAGCAAAGCGCUUACUGGUUUUAUAUAUUUUACAUAGAUUUGUUUACAUGUUUGUUUUUUAAUCGAACCCUUCAACUCGUAGCGCUUCGUAUUGACAGCCGUUUAUAAGCGUAUAAAACUAUAUUCUGUUAAAUAUUUUUAAAACACUGAAGCAAAAAACUACCAUGCCAACAUAUUUUGCUAUCGCGUUUGUAAGCAAGUAAUUGGAGUAGAUUGGAUUUAGGCUUUCAAUUGAAAAUUAUGUUCUUCCACAGAAAUCACCAACAACUGCGUGCUACGCGCGGUGGUCUGGUGGUGCGUAAUUUGUUAUACAAAAAUUUAGUAAAUUUUGUUUUUCUUUUAAACAACUCAAGCUUUUAAGAGUCAUCACGUUAAUAGUUUUGUUUAAAAUGUGUUAUUAAACCAAACAUUCACACAUACAAUUGUUAGGAUAUAUAUUAAUAUUAAAAAAUAUUUUGUUUAUCUGUAAUUUGCGGUUUGUUAGCUUCGUUUGAUUAACAAAAGUCCAAUAUUGUUGUAGUUUGUUUAAGCAUAAUUUUCAAUCUUGAAAUUGCAGUUGUAAUUUUUGUUAAAGAAUUAUCGACGUCCUUCGUCAGUUUUCCAAUUUGUAAAGUUGGCUAAUUACAGUUUCAUUUAAUUAUGUAUAUUUGCCACUAACAUUGCCAUGAAGAUUUAUUAGGAGCAUAACAUCUCAAGAAAAUCUGAAGGGAUAUUUUUAUACAUACAUACAUACUACAAACAGCAAUAAGCUAAAUAAA